UUUACUCUUCGAUUUCCGGACGGAGCCGCCCCGUUUCGCUAGGUUUGAUUUCCGGACGGAGGAGGGAGUAAAGAGGAACCACAGCAAGUUGGCCAGCCCACCGGGGUCUUCGAUCUCCCUACGCCGUAAGCGGCGGCGCAUCGAAACUUGACCCACAUCCAAAUCUAGCUGCCGAGAACUCCGAUCAGCUACUUCAAAGCCCUCUGCCCUUCUGCUGGCAAUGGAAGUUGGUCCUCAAAGUGAAGCGGUGCUUAAUGUGGCUGCUGCGGCGGUAGGGGAGCUGGCAAUCAGCGACCAGGUGGUGACCCCGUGGGAGGUGACUGGCACAUCACAAGGAGUCAACUACGAUAAGUUGGUGGACCAAUUUGGAUGCCAACGCAUUGACACCGCGCUCAUUGACCGCAUCGCGCACCUUACGUCCAGACCGGCGCAUCACUUCCUCCGCCGCGGGAUCUUCUUUGCCCACCGCGAUUUGAACCAGAUACUAGACCUGUACGAGCAGGGUGAAAAAUUCUACCUGUACACGGGAAGGGGACCCUCCUCGGAGUCACUGCACCUUGGCCACCUUGUCCCCUUCAUGUUCACAAAGUACUUACAGGAUGCAUUCAAGGUGCCUGUAGUGAUACAGUUAACUGAUGAUGAGAAGUUCCUCUGGAAGGACUUGUCUAUUGCGGAAUCUAAACGGCUUGCCCGUGAAAAUGCCAAAGACAUCAUAGCAUGUGGGUUUGACAUUGAAAGAACUUUCAUUUUCUCAGAUUUUGAAUAUGUUGGAGGUCCCUUCUAUGAAAAUAUGAUGCAAGUUGCAAAGCGUGUGACAUUUAAUACUCUUAGAGGCACAUUCGGAUUUACUCCAGAAGAUCACAUAGGAAAGUGUUGCUUUCCUCCUGUGCAGGCUGCUCCAUCGUUUGCUUCGUCGUUUCCCCAUCUCUUUGGGGUUAAUGACCAGCUGCGGUGCCUUAUUCCAUGUGCAAUAGACCAGGAUCCUUAUUUUAGAUUGACUCGUGAUGUUGCUCCUAAAAUUGGUUAUCCGAAACCUUCACUGAUUGAAUCAAAAUUUUUCCCUGCUCUUCAGGGCGAGAUUGGUAAAAUGUCUGCCAGUGACCCGAAUACUGCAAUAUAUCUGACAGAUAAACCUAAAGUAAUUAAAGAAAAGAUUAGGAAAUAUGCUUUCUCUGGUGGCCAGUCCACCACGGAACUCCAAAGGAAAUAUGGAGCGAACCUUGAUGUUGAUGUGUGUAUCAAAUAUUUAAAUUUCUUCCUUGAAGAUGAUGCUGAGUUUGAGCAUAUCAAGAAGGAAUACAAAGCUGGGAAUAUGCUAACAGGCAAAUUGAAAGACCAUGUCACUGACAUUCUAUCGAAGAUUGCAUUAGCACAUCAAAAUGCUAGAGCUCAAGUGUCCGAUGAGGUGGUUGAUGCAUACAUGUCUGCUACUCCUCGCCCCAAUAUGUUUGGGACCUAUUCUGAUUAUGCGAAAUCGUAAAGGAUGCUUUAUUGAAUUGAAAAUAAAGCGUGGUCGUUGCUGUACUUGGGCUGGACAAUUUAAGGCUGAGCUUUGCGCUGAAGCAUUCCUGGCUGUUCGGUUGCAGGCGGAUCACCGUGAAGAGUGCCUAAACUUUUCAUUAUUAUGUGAAAUGAGAAAACAUGUACUCCCUCCGUCUUAAAAUAUAAGUCUUUGUAGAGGUUUUACAUUUUUUACUCCGUAUGUAGACACCUAGUGAAAUAUCUUAAAAGACUUAUAUUUAGGUACGGAGGGAGUAUGCUUUAUUUUGUUGAGUAAGUUAAAUAAAAAUAGUGUAAUACUCCAUCUCAGAUUUGUCUUGAGUAAAUUAAAUAAAAAUAGUGUAAUACUCCAUCUCAGAUUUGUCUACAUAUGCAUGUGUGUGCAUACUAUGCGUCUA